AUGACGAAAGAAGAAGAGGCAACACAGGUAACAGAAAAUUUGCAGAGCCGGGGCCAAUGGGCAGAGGACGUCCAGACCCGCAACGUGGAAGUGGCAAAAAUUUCCAUCAGGAUCCCACCAUUCUGGCACGCAAAGCCAGAACUGUGGAUKGCACAGGUCGAGUCGCAGUUCAUUGCGGCAGGCAUAACGAACGACAAAACGAAGUACCGCACCGUCGUAGCCGCAAUCGAAAGCAACGUGCUAGCCCAAAUAAGCGACCUAAUUCUCAAUCCACCGAACAGUGAUUUGUACUCCACGCUAAAAAAUCGUAUAAUAACGCAAUUCGCGGACUCGGAACAAAAACGUGUAAAAAAGCUACUGCAAGAACAAGAGCUUGGUGAUAUGCGUCCAUCGCAGCUCUUGCGCGAAAUGCGAAGUUUAGCUGGCGGCGAGGUCAACGAUAAUAUAUUAACGUCCAUUUGGAUGAGUCGGUUACCUUCCAACAUGCGACUAAUCAUUUCUAUCAACAACGAACCGCUCGAUAAAGUUGCCCUGCUCGCGGACAAAAUAUGUGAGGUUAGCGACACCCCACACGUACAUGCGGUCGAAACUCUAAACACAGCCACACGCAACCAAUCAGACAUCCAGCAGCAGUUAGCCGAAAUCACAAAAAAGAUAGCCUCAAUUAAGGCGAACAUAAAUCGUCGGGCUAGAAGUCGCAGCAGAAACCGUCCUCCGUCACGUUCCGGUAUGCAAAACAACAAUUCGAAUGGUUUAUGCUGGUACCACCACAAAUUUGGUAACGGUGCCAAAAAAUGUCGUAGCACUUGCGCAAAAAAGUUAAACUAA